GAGUGAUUGACUUUAUCAGUCCAAGGACAUCAUUCGUCUGGAAAGGGGGGGAAGUUUGAUCCUCUUUCUCACGGAUCCCAGUUGCGGGAGUUUCUCUCUGCUGUGUAAAGCGAAGGAUUGUUUUUUCCUUGUUUUGAUUUUCUACUUUUAAAUUCUUAUUUGCCGUUUCAACGCACUGAAAUCGGGUUCCCGUUAUUCGAGGUUAGAGUGAGCUCCACCAACCUGGAGUUUCAGUUGAAUUUUCUUUUAUUUCGUUAUAAGUUCGCUUGAGACCAAUGACUAUGCUCCUUGACAGCGGUCCGCAGUUCCCAUCGCUAGGAGUGGGAGGUUUCGGAACACCGCGACACCAUGAGAUAGGGAACAGGGACCCUGGUUUGGGACUCAACCCCUUCGCUGAUUCAUCCCACUCCGCAGCUUUCAAACUCAGCCCUGUGGCUCACGAUAUAGCCUCCAGCCAGACUUCAGCUUUUACCCCGCAAGCCAGUGGAUACGCAGCUGCCCUGGGACACCAUCAUGGCGGACAGGUGGGUUCGUACGGCGGUGGACCGUUCAAUUCAACCCGGGACUUUCUAUUCAGAAACCGUGGCGUUGGAGAGUCCGCUGCAUCGAGUGCCCAGCAUGGGAUCUUUGCCGCUUCUGCGGGGAGCCUGCAUGGACCCCCUGGAAUCUCCGAUAACCCAGGACAUCUGUUGUUUUCAGGGCUCCACGACCAGGGCGUGAGCCAUACUUCACCAAGCGGACAUGUAGUCAACAGUCAAAUGCAUCUUGGUUUACGCGGGGACAUUUUUGGAAGACCCGACCCAUACCGUCCGGUCGCCAGCCCUCGGACAGACCCCUACGGCGCUCAGCUCCACAACUACAACCAUCCAAUGGGGAUGAAUAUGGGGAUGAAUGUGCCGACACACCACGGUCCUGGGGCCUUCUUUAGAUACAUGAGGCAACCCAUAAAGCAAGAAAUGUCGUGUAAAUGGAUAGAUGAGAACCAGAUGAACCGACCCAAAAAGACUUGUGAAAGGACUUUCAGCACAAUGCACGAGAUGGUGACGCACGUCUCCAUGGAACACGUUGGCGGCCCCGAGCAAAGUAACCACAUUUGCUUUUGGGAGGAUUGCCCGAGAGAGGGGAAAUCAUUUAAGGCCAAGUACAAACUCGUGAACCACAUUCGAGUGCACACUGGAGAGAAACCCUUCCCCUGUCCAUUCCCUGGUUGUGGAAAAAUAUUCGCCAGGUCUGAAAAUUUGAAAAUUCACAAAAGAACACACACAGGUGAGAAGCCGUUCAAGUGCGAAUUUGACGGCUGCGACAGACGCUUCGCCAACAGCAGUGACAGGAAAAAGCACAUGCACGUGCAUACUUCUGACAAGCCAUACAUCUGCAAAGUGUGCGACAAGUCCUACACGCACCCCAGCUCUCUCAGGAAACACAUGAAGGUACACGAGUCUCAAUGUUCUGAGUCCUCUCCAGCAGCAAGUUCUGGAUAUGAGUCGUCCACACCACCAGUUCUGGUGUCAGCGAACACCGAAGACCCAACAAAAACACCGCCGUCAGCCGUUCAAAACACAUCUGGGCACAGCGAUGCAGGACUGCCACCCAACUUUAAUGAAUGGUACGUUUGAAGUCAGUAGCAAGCUCUCAUUGUGGACAAAGAGGUUUUAAGGAAACCUUAAAAAGUACUCACACCAAGGUGUACACAAAAUGGGAUUGGAACAACACGAGGAGAUGAGAGCAAGCCUGCAGCAGCAGGCCUCGUCCUUUCUCAGGAUUCGAAAUGUGACUUUUAUUCCGAGUUCGAAGAGAACAAAUAAAUCAUAAAUAAUGAAGUAAUACUUUCUAAGAAUAAAAAAAACUUGUUUUCCCCCCUUUUUUAGUUUACAGAUUUCAGAUAAUUAUUUUAUUUUUCAUUGUAUGUAUUUUCUCAAAUUUUUAUUUAAAAAAAUAAUGGAGAAGGAAGAAUAUUUCACGGUGUUUUAUAUAAUGGUGACACACUACUGUCGCCUUUCAAUUGAUUGUUAAAAAUUCAGACAGUCUUAAGAAACGUGCCAAAGUCUUUGUCUUGAACUUGAACAAAAAAUAAAUAAUAAAUAAAUAUAUACUCGUGAAUGUAUUUCCUUGUUUGAUGGGGUCGAAUUGUCAAUGUCUGUUUUCAGGUGGAGAAAUGUGGUAUUAGGUUACGAUUGUUACCGUUAAAUAUAACGUUGCCUUUUGUUAAUAACGUUGUAAAUACAUAUUCAUGAUGCCAUAUUUAUCAAUUUGUAAUUUAAUUAUGGAUAUAAGUUCUAAAACUUAAAUGAUAUUUAUGAAAAUGUUUUCUAACAAGACUGUACAGUUUUGGGUCAUAACCAGCUAGCAUUAAACAACUAUGAUCAACUAUAAAGCUCCAAUAUUGCGAUUGUAUCUUUUUUUAACCAAUACAUGUGUCUUAUUUGGAUCUAAGAUAUCGUCUAUAUAAAUGUUAUGGAUUUGUCUAUAUGAUGCUGAUUUUUCCAUCACUUAUUGUUUAACUUGUGAGACCAUUGACAUGUAAAUCAUCAAUUCUGUAAAUCUGAAUUGUAAUCAAUUGAGUUGGCAAACUAUAUAAAACGGUUCUGUCGUA